CCACAUCACCAUAGGUACAUCAUGGGUAGGAGAAGAAGAAAGAAUAGAACUCAUCUCAAAGGUCCUGCAGUGGCAGAAUCAGAACAGAAUGUACCCAGUUCUUUCGUCAUCAAAUCGGGGAAAGUCACUCGUUCCAUCUCCCAACUCGUCAGAGAUGUUAGGAAGAUCAUGGAACCCAACACUGCCACAAGAUUACGUGAACGUGUCAAUGCUCGAUUAAGAGAUUACCUUGCUGUAGCUCCUUCCCUCGGUGUCACUCACUUGCUCGUUUUCACCUUGACAGAAGCUGCCAACGUCCAUCUCAGAAUAGCUCGUCUACCUCAAGGUCCCACAUUAACCUUUCGUAUCAGUCGUUAUAGUCUCAUGAAGGAUCUUGUCAACUCGGCUUUGCGUAAUGUCGGUAAACCGCCAGGAACAGAAUACAUGAAUCCACCUCUCUUGGUAUUGAACAACUUCCAACAACCUGCAGAGGGACCUGCGCUGCCACAGUUAAAAUUGAUGAGCACACUAUUUCAAGGAUUAUUUCCUGCUAUCCAAGUGGAGAAGUCCGCCCUCCCCACUUUCCGACGUGUCCUUCUCAUCUCUUACUCCCCAGUCUCUCAUCUUAUCUCUCUCCGACACUACACCAUAACGGUCCGUCCCCACGGUGUCUCCCGUCGGGUUCGUAAACUCCUCAACUCCACAUCGGUACAUACUUCCGCUAAAAGACCUCAGUUGGCAAACACAGACGACCUCGCGGAUUAUCUUCUUCGUGGUCGGGGUGGGACACCCGGUUCAGACGGACAAACGGCAGGAUACGAUUCCAUGUCCGAGACGGAUAAUAGUGAAGCGGAGAGUGACAGUAAUGCCGUAGAACUUCCUGAAGAUUAUGUUGGGAGGGGAAACAAAAAAGGAGAGAGAAAGGCUGUGAGGUUGGUAGAGACUGGCCCGAGGAUAGAAAUGAGGUUGAUCAAAGUGGUCGAGGGGUUAGUGGGAAGUAGGAAGGGAGAAGGUGAAACAGUGUUUCAUGAGUUUGUACAUAAAAGUAAAACCGAGUCCAAAGCUCUUCAAAAAGCCCAUCAAGAAAGACGUAAGAUCAAAGAAGCUCGAAGGGCCGAACAAGCCGCCAAUGUUGCUCGAAAGAAAGCAUUGCAGGGUGGUGAAGGGGAAGACCAGGAGGAUGAUGGUGAUGACGAUGUCGAUGUCGAAGGUUUGUCCGACGUCGACCCUGAAGAGGCACUAGAAAAGAUUCGGAACGAACAACAUAGGAUGGAGGAGGAUGAAGAAGAGUUUGAUUAUGAGGAUGGUGUAGAUCUACAAGUCGAACAGGAUGACGAGGAUUGGGAUGACGAGAUCGGGGUGGGUGAAGUUUCGUCCGAAGAAGAAAGUAGUGAAGAUGAGGAAGAACCGGUCAGGAAAAGGAAACAAAAUCGUUGAUGAGUUUCGAUUGUGUUCAUAGUGCGCUAUGUGAAGACUGUAUGCAUAGAUUUCAUGGA